AUGGUGAAGUGCCUAGAGGGGACGCCAUAUGAGGAGCAUCUGAGGUCACCCGGUUUGUUCAAGCUGAAGAGGAGACUGAGGGGAAGCCUCGUAGCAGUCUACAGCUUCCUCGUGGGAGGAAGUGGUGGGGCAGGCACUGAUCUCUUUGGAAAAAGUGGUCCUGAAUGCAAGCACUGUAGGGCUGAUCCAGAUAAGGAGUGCCGUUUUUGUUCGUGUUACUUGUGUGGUGGCAAACAGGAUGCUCACAUGCAACUCCUGUGUGAUGAAUGUAAUAUGGCUUAUCAUAUAUACUGCCUGAACCCCCCCUUAAGCAAGAUACCGGAAGAUGAGGACUGGUAUUGUCCUUCCUGCAAAAAUGAUUCUAAUGAAGUUGUAAAGGCUGGAGAAAAGCUCAAACAGAGUAAAAAGAAAGCAAAGAUGCCGUCUGCCAGUACUGAAAGCCAGAGAGACUGGGGCAAGGGCAUGGCCUGCGUUGGUCGAACUAAGGAAUGCACUAUUGUUCCUUCAAAUCAUUAUGGGCCUAUACCUGGUGUUCCAGUUGGGACAACCUGGAAGUUCAGAGUUCAGGUGAGCGAAGCAGGUGUUCACAGGCCUCAUGUUGGUGGAAUCCAUGGACGCAGUAAUGAUGGAGCUUAUUCACUUGUACUAGCUGGAGGAUUUGAAGAUGAAGUGGAUCGAGGAGAUGAAUUCACUUACACUGGAAGUGGAGGUAGAGAUCUUUCUGGCAAUAAAAGGAUUGGAGAGCAUUCAUUUGAUCAGACAUUAACACACAUGAAUAGGGCAUUGGCUCUUAACUGUGAUGCCCCACUGGAUGACAAAAAUGGAGCAGAGUCAAAGAAUUGGAGAGCUGGUAAGCCAGUGAGAGUAGUGCGCAGUUCGAAAGGACGGCGAAUCAGCAAAUACGCCCCAGAGGAGGGCAACAGAUAUGAUGGCAUUUACAAGGUGGUGAAAUAUUGGCCAGAAAUUGGAAAAUGUGGAUUUUUAGUUUGGCGCUAUCUUUUGAGGAGAGAUGAUGUUGAGCCUGCGCCCUGGACUUCAGAAGGAAUGGAGAGGUCAAAGAAACUAGGUCUGAGCGUACAGUAUCCAGAAGGUUAUUUGGAAGCCAUGGCUAGUAAGGAGAAGAAAGAUAAGGUUAAAAAGCAAACUGUGAAACAGGAACCACCCAGCCACAGUAAUGGAAACCAGAAAAGGACAAUUGAAGAUGGUAUACAGACACCUACGAAUACACCAAAAGCCAUGAGGAUGGGAGAUGGAGGGAAAGGAGAAGCUUUCCAGCUGACCCAAGAGCAGCAGUGGCUGAUUAGAGAAGACUGUAUGAACCAGAAACUGUGGGAUGAAGUACUUGCUUCUCUUAAGGAAGGACCAAAUUUUUUGAAGAAACUGGAACAAUCCUUUAUGUGUGUCUGCUGCCAGGAGCUGGUUUACCAGCCGGUGACAACAGAGUGCCUCCACAACGUCUGUAAAAGUUGUUUACAGCGCUCCUUCAGAGCUGAAGUUUUCACCUGCCCUGCCUGCCGCUAUGACCUGGGAAAGGGCUACACCAUGGUUCCCAACAAGAUCCUGCAGACACUACUGGACCAGUUCUUCCCUGGUUACAGUAAAGGACGAUGAUGUGCUCAGAUCCUUCCAUACUUCUCCCAGUGACUUUAUAGACAGUAAAGGAGAAUAAACAUGGGAAAUUCAGCAGUGGACCAGCCAGCUUGAUGUGACAAAAAAUAUUGUCACAUUUUGAAGCAGCUAACCCUCUUCCCCUCAUAGCCAUCUUUUUGGUGUAGUGAGAACUCUAAUUCUCAGCUGUCUUUUAACAUCAAGGGUAGUUGUGGCCAGUUAAUGAAUAGUUUUUAAAGAAAAAAAAAAGAAGAAGAAAAAGAAAAGCCUCAGCUCUUACUGGCCUAGCUGAUGCUUAAUUUAUGAUUUGUUUUUUUGUAACUACCUCAGGACAGAGGAAAAUAAAUUGUGGGGAUGAAAAAUGUUAGUGACGUUUUAGCUACACACUGCCUCCUGAAUAUUAGUUGUGCCUGGUCCAUGUGGUUUGAUUUACAAAAGCAACCCAACCCAACAACAAAAACCAAACCAAAAGAGAAACCAACAAAAAACAGGAAAAAAAUCCAGAAACAGCACUUAAGCCAGUUGGAUUAAAGAACAGCAAAUUCUGUGGUGUGCAUAAUCCUUUUUUGUCUUUUUCUUCUAUUAUGCUGUAUUUUUUUGCAAGAACAGGCUGAUUUUUAGUCUAUUUUUGUGGGCUUCAUUGUGCUUUUCUUGUAUCUUAUGCAAGUUGACUACUAAUGACUAAUGAGAACAAUAUGAAUGCAUUGUUGCUGCAUUAGUGUAAAGUGAUCUGUGUUUUUUGCACUUAAAGAGGGUAUUCAAGACACUCUAGUUGUGUAAAAAAUAGUUCAUAUAAAAAAAAGCCACUUCUGUAUUAGUUAAACUGUAUGCUUUUAGUAGGUCUUGUAUCAGUGGCAAUACAUCUACACGGCAUUAAAGGCAGUGCUAGCUUGGAGAGGGUUCAAAUCGCUUCAUAUUGUGAUCUGAAAUUUUAUAUACAAUAUAUCGCCCCCCAAAUAUACCCUAUUAAAUAUUU